AUGGAGAAGACCCCAGUCGCCGGGGUCGAUCAAGGAGGAAGAGUCCUCGACGAGGAGGCCGCGGGUCCGAGAGAGGACGACGUGGACGACCUGAUCCUGGAGCUACUGGAGACGAUCCACUCCGUCUCCUCCUUCGGAGACUACCGCCGGAUGCAUCGGAAGGAGUGCUUCAGCCUGGUGCGCUGGAUGAAGCUGGUCGUCCCGAUGUUAGAGGAGAUCAAGGAGCUCCAAGAUCCGAUCCCUGACGCGGCGUACCAUCGGCUAUGUUGUCUCCACAAGGCCUUCACUGCCGCUCGGAAGCUGCUCCGUUGCUGCCACGACGGCAGCAAGAUCUAUCUGGCGUUGGAGAGCGAGGCUGUGAUGGGGAGAUUUCAUAUGGUUUACGAAAAAAUCAAGGAGUCGCUGGACGGCAUGCCGUAUGAACAGCUUGGCAUUACGGAUGAAGUGAAGGAGCAAGUUGAGCUAUUGAGCUUGCAAUUGAAGAGAGCCAAGAGGAGAACAGACACACAAGAUAUGGAGCUUGCCAUGGAUCUGAUGGUGUUACUCUCCCAGAAUCAAGAUCGGAAUGCCGAUGGUGCCAUACUCGAAAGGCUCGCCAAGAAUUUGGAGCUGCAGACCCUCCCAGAUUUGAGGGCGGAAACGAUGGCCAUCAAGAAACUCAUCAAAGAAAGAGGCGGCCAGAGCGGUGAAAGCGCUCGACAAAUCGUCGAUAUGCUCGGCAAGUUUAAGCAAAUUGCCGGGAUCGAAGAUAGCAAUGGCCUGGACGAUGUCGCCUUGCCUAAAUACCUCGAGAAGUGCCCUUCCUUGAUGAUCCCCAAUGAUUUCCUCUGUCCUGUUACUUUGGAGAUCAUGGUGGAUCCCGUCAUAGUCGCAUCAGGACAGACAUACGAACGACGAAGCAUACAGAAAUGGCUCGAUGCGGGCCAUCGGACAUGUCCCAAGUCCAGGCAAAUCUUAGCUCACCUUUCACUAGCGCCAAACUACGCUCUUCGAAACGUGAUCCACAAUUGGUGCGAGAAGAAUAAGAUCGAGCUGUUGAAGCGCGAACAGAUCGAAGACUCCGAUUCGUUAGAUGGCAAGGAAGAUAUCCCGACCCUGGUCGAGCAAUUGUCCAGCAUUCAUCUCGAUGUGCAGCGCAAGGCGGUGAAGAAGAUCCGUUCGCUGUCGAGAGAGAAUCCCGAAAACCGAGUUGCGAUCGCCAAGCAUGACGGAAUACCUGCUCUAGUCAGCCUUCUAAAUUACCCCGAUUCUAAGUUGAAAGAGCACACGGUCACGGCCCUGCUGAACUUGUCCAUCGACGAGUUGAACAAGAGACUCAUAGCCAAAGAAGACGCGAUUCCGCUGAUAAUUGAGAUUCUGAAGAAUGGCACGGUCGGGGGGAAAGAGAACUCGGCCGCAACCUUGUUCAGUCUGUCAAUGCUCGACGAGAACAAAGAGUUGAUAGGAAGCACGAAUGGCAUCCCUCCGUUGGUAGACCUGCUACAGAAUGGCACCAUCAGAGGGAAGAAAGAUGCUGCCACUGCGCUCUUUAACUUGCUUCUGAACAGCAAAAACAAAGUCAGAGCCAUCAACGCCGGAAUAGUUAAACCAUUACAUACACUGCUGGACGACAGGAACCUCGGCAUGGAGGACGAAGCCCUCUCCAUUUUUCUUCUCCUCGCAUCUCGUCCUGAAGGUCGCGGCGCGAUAGAGAAGCAUUCGUUCAUCGAGAAACUCGUGCGAUUGAUCAAGGAGGGCACCUCGAAGACAAAGGAAUGCGCGGUCGCGGUACUGCUCGAGUUGGGCUCGCACGACGCUUCCUUCACUUCGACCUUGAUGCAAUUUGGAGCAUUCGAGCAUAUCUGUGAGAUAGAGAGAAGCGGAACCAACAGAGCGCAGAGAAAGGCCAAGACCCUUCUGCAGCUCAUGCGUCAGUGCCAGUUGCCAAGAAGCUUAGCGAGGCUGAAGAGUUAAUUGCGCCAAGUUGUCGAUUUACUUGUUCUAAGUUGCGCAAAAAAAAAAAAAAAAUAAAAAAAAUUGGAUACAUCUGUGCUUUAAAUCGUCUUUCUCAGUGCCGUGGGAUGCUAAAUUGGUAAGCAAUCCAUUUUGUGUCCAUUUUUGGAAUUUUCAGACAGUGUCCAUCUAGU